AUGAGUGAAAAACGGCUUCUUAUAAUAUUUGGUGCUUCUGGUAAUCUCAGUCAAUAUAAAUUAUUACCUGUAAUACUUAAUGAUAAAUUAUAUAAAGAUGGUAAAAUUGUGUUAUUUUCUAGACAUCCACCAUGUGAAAAAUUGGUUGAAAAAAUUAAACUAGAAUCAAAUAAUCAAUUACAAAUAGAAGUUAACGAUUAUUCUGAUACAACAAGAGUUCUAGAAAUUUUAGAAGGUCAUGAUAAUCCUGCAAUAUAUUUAGCACUACCAUCAAAGAUUCAUAUCUAUAUUAUGAAAACAUUAGAUUCUUUAAAUAUAAAAAUGUCAAUUUAUGUUGAAAAACCACAUUUUAUGUCGGCUGAAGAAGUAAAAAUUGCACAAAAUUUUAAAAAUUUAUCGAUGUUUUUGAUCGAUCAUUUUCUUUUGAAAAAAACACUUAUUUUAUGGAAAUGUUUACCAAAAAAGUUUAGGGAAAAUCUGAUAAAUAUUGAUGAAAUUGAAAAUAUCAGAGCAGCAGCAACUGAAACUAUCUCUGCAGAAAAUCGUAUAUCGUUUGAUCUGGAUGGUAUUUUACGUGAUAUGAUUAUUUCACAUUUAUUUGCACUUUAUAAAACGGUGUUACCAAAUGGUAAUCUAGAAACACUUAAAGUGAAAAAAGAAGUACUAAAAGGACAAUAUGAAAAUUAUGAAUUUAAAGGUUCACAAACACCAACACUUUCUUACAUAAUUCUAGAAUCAGAAAAAAAUUUUGAUGUUGAAUUAUUUGCUGGUAAGUCACUUUCUAAAAAAACAACCUUUUUUGAUAUAAAAAUGAAAUCAGGGACACUUUCUUUACAAUUUGCUCCAGAAACUGACAUUUUAUUUAAUGGAAAAUCUGUGAUUGAUAAACAAACUUAUGAAUCAUAUUUUAAAGAAUUUCAUUCUCUAGAAGGAUAUAAUUUGUUGUUAUAUUCGAUUAUACAUAGAAAAACAAUUCCAACAUUUCCAAUAGAAUCACUUUUAUACGGUUAUAAGGUAGAAAAUGAUCUUAAAAAUCUUAAUACUGAAAUGAUUGUUUAUAAAAAAGGUGUUGACAUUUUUGAGCAAAUGAAAUAA